CAGGCUAUGCUCAUGUCUUUUUUGAUAGCUGCUGGACUGGUGGAUCAGUUCAGUGAGCAUGUCAGUAUCUACUGGAUGCCUGGCUCUGUGCAAGAUGUGGAAAGUGCUGGAGGAGUAGUGUGCCUGGAUCGCAGCAAGGCCUGCCUGUAGACAAGGUAGAAGAUUGUGACCUGGACCUGUGGUUCCCAAAUUGCAGCCAGGGCCUGGCUGGCAUCAGACCUGGAUGAAGUUUUUGCCAGUCCUUGGUCAAAUUGAGAAAAUUAAGAAAAAUGCAUCUUUUUUCAUAAAGCUAAAUAGAUUUGAUUUAAAGGAGUGUCCUUUAUUCUGAGAUUAUGUCCUUCCAACUUCAUUGGUGUAGAAUGUUCUUUUGUUAAAUGAUGAUAGUAGCUGCAGCUUUAAAAAAGUUAAGUUAGAAAAUAGUGGGUUGAGAACCUUUUACUGUUGGUUUCCUGAAUUAUUUUUGUAGUAUACCUGGUUUGUGGAAUAUAAACUGGAAGCUACUUGAUGAGAUUAUUAUAAUAUUAUAGGUACAAUUUAAUGAGCACUCACACAGAGAACAUCAGUUAUUUUGUCUGCCUGGAAGUCUUUCUGCUGUUUUCUGAAAAUGUUCACUCCCUCUUUUGACAAAUGGUCUUCCCCAUCUCCAUCCGGCCUUGGGUUCUAGUGCGGCCAGCAAGGAUAGUAACCCACCUCCUGGCUGCAAGCACGAGCACAGGUCUGCCUCUGGAUAUUUUCAGGUUGGUGUUAAGGGAAGAGAUCCUUUUUGGUAAUCCUGCCAGUGGCCAUAGUUCCAGAAAACCUGUCCAAAAGAGUGAAGUCACACUUUGAAAGAUGCAGAGGCAAAACACCAAUGAAGAGUUCUGAUGGCGUUCAAGUUCCUGGGUUCCGUUUUCCUUGAAGUCCAACUAACACAAAAGCCACAGAAUUCUUUUUGCUAAGCUAGCUCCAGACGUGGUUCUGACACUUUCAAGUGAGAUCCUUAACUAAUAUAUAGCUUACGGGUCAUUCUUCAUAACAACCCUAUCAGGUGGGUCCCAAUUUUAUCUUUAUUUGGCAGAUGAGAAGCUAUAGUUGCCAAGGUUAAGUGACUUGCCCAGUGUUGCACAGCUGCUAAGGGCAGAGCCAGAAUUCUGAGCUUGAUUCCCAGGCUGUGCCUUUACCACUAAGCAGCAGGGCCUGCCUCACUGUACCGGUGACACUGAGGUGCAGAUUUAUGCUUUGGAACUGGAUACAGGGUGGAUUGGAUGUCAGCGUAGGGGGAGUUCUCUAGUGUGGUAAAGGGAGUUCUGUCCUUGGCUCUGCCCUUUCCACAGCAGUGACAGAUUUUGACCCAGCCUGAGGAGGAACUUUCAGACAAUUUUAGCUGCGAGAAAAUGGAAUGUGUUGGGAGGCAGUGGGCUUCCUAUCGCUGGCUGUGCUGAAGCAGCGGCUGGUGGAAUGCCAGCAGCCUUGUCUUGAGGAUGUGAGAUGUGCAGAGAAAUUGUUGUAAAUGAAGUCAAUUUUGUGAGAAAAUGCAUUGCAACGGACACAAGUCAGUACGAUUUGUGGGGAAAGCUGGUAUGCAGUAACUUCAAAAUUUCCUUUAUUACAGAUGACCCAAUGCCAUUACAGAAAUUCCAUUACAGAAACCUUCUUCUUGGUGAACAUGAUGUCCCUUUAACGUGUAUUGAGCAGAUAGUCACAGUAAAUGACCACAAGAGGAAGCAGAAAGUACUAGGCCCCAACCAGAAACUGAAAUUUAAUCCAACAGAGUUAAUUAUUUACUGUAAAGAUUUCAGAAUUGUCAGAUUUCGCUUUGAUGAAUCAGGUCCUGAAAGUGCCAAAAAGGUAUGCCUUGCAAUAGCUCAUUAUUCCCAGCCAACAGACCUCCAGCUACUCUUUGCAUUUGAAUAUGUUGGGAAAAAAUACCACAAUUCAGCCAACAAAAUUAAUGGAAUACCCUCGGGAGGUGGCAGUGGAGCUGCUGGUGGAAGCAGCCAGAAAACUCCACUCUUUGAAACUUACUCAGACUGGGACAGGGAAAUCAAGAGGACAGGUGCUUCCGGAUGGAGAGUGUGUUCUGUUAACGAGGGUUACAUGAUAUCCACUUGCCUUCCAGAAUAUUUUGUAGUGCCAAGUUCUUUAGCAGACCAAGAUCUAAAGAUAUUUUCCCAUUCUUUUGUUGGAAGACGGAUGCCACUCUGGUGCUGGAGCCACUCUAAUGGCAGUGCUCUUGUGCGAAUGGCCCUGAUAAAAGACAUGCUGCAACAGAGGAAAAUCGAGCAGAGGAUUUGUAAUGCAGUAACUAAAAGUCAUCCACAAAGAAGUGACGUUUACAAAUCAGAUUUGGAUAAGACCUUGCCCAAUAUCCAAGAAGUGCAGGCGGCUUUUGUAAAACUUAAGCAACUAUGCGUUAAUGAGCCAUUUGAGGAAACUGAAGAGAAAUGGUUAUCUUCACUGGAAAAUACUCGGUGGUUGGAAUAUGUAAGGGCAUUUCUUAAACAAUCAGCAGAACUUGUAUACGUACUAGAAAGGAAGCAUCUCUCUGUAGUCCUACAAGAGGAGGAAGGAAGAGACUUGAGCUGUAUUGUAGCUUCUCUUGUUCAAGUGAUGCUGGAUCCCUAUUUUAGGACAAUUACUGGAUUUCAGAGUUUGAUACAGAAGGAGUGGGUCAUGGCAGGAUAUCAGUUCCUAGACAGAUGCAACCACUUAAAGAGAUCGGAGAAAGAGUCUCCCUUGUUUUUGCUCUUCCUGGAUGCCACGUGGCAGCUGUUAGAACAGUACCCAGCAGCUUUCGAGUUCUCGGAGACCUACUUGGCAGUGCUGUAUGACAGCACCCGGAUCUCCCUGUUCGGCACUUUCCUAUUCAACUCUCCUCACCAGCGGGUGAAGCAGAGCACAGAAUUUGCUAUAAGCAAAAAUAUCCAGUUGGGUGAUGAAAAGGGUUUAAGAUUCCCCUCAGUUUGGGACUGGUCUCUUCAGUUUACAGCAAAGGAUCGCACCCUUUUCCAUAACCCCUUGUACAUUGGAAAGAGCUCGCCUUGUGUGCAAAACGGUUCUGUGAAAUCUUUCAAACGGACAAAAAAAAGCUACAGCUCCACGCUAAGAGGAAUGCCGGCUUCCUUAAAGAAUGGGAUCCUCAGUGACCAGGAAUUACUUCCAAGGAGAAAUUCACUAAUAUUAAAAGUAAAGCCAGAGCCUCCUCAGCAGACCGACAGCCAGGACAGCGGGGUGGAGCAGUAUUUUAGAGAAUGCUUUUCCAAACCAGUUGACCUGCACGGUGUUAUUCUGCCACAUCUCUCUGGAACACACAUAAAACUGUGGAAACUGUGCUACUUCCGCUGGGUUCCCGAGGCCCAGAUCAACCUCGGGGGCUCCAUCACUGCUUUUCACAGGCUCUCCCUGCUGGCCGACGAGGUGGACGUGCUCAGCAGGACGCUCCGGCAGCCCCACAGCGGCCCUUUGGAGGCCUGCUACGCGGAGCUGGACCGGAGCAGGCUGUACUUCCGAGCCAGCGGCCCACACGAUGCCUCGGGGACGCCCGAGUUUCUCUCCUCCUCGUUUCCCUUUUCUCCUGUAGGCAAUCUAUGCAGACGAAGCAUUUUAGGAACACCAUUAAGCAAAUUUUUGAGUGGGGCCAAAAUAUGGUUAUCUACUGAGACACUAGCAAAUGAAGACUAAAAUGUACUCUUUUUCUGAACACUUUGAGGGAAGCUAUAAAUGAUUUUCCUCUGAAUUGAAAUUGCUAACCAAGGCAUUUGAAGCUCUAAUAAUUUUAUAUGUAAGAGUAACAGUUGGAAUUUGCACUAACAUUUAAAAAGAUGUUGUAUUAUUCAGUUUUUUAAAAGAUAGGUGUAAAUUUUGUUUCUUACAUCCUCUGUCAUCUUAGGUCUGGCUCAUUUUUAGGUGAUUUGCAGGCAACAUUCCCCCACUCUUACUACUGUGAUCAAACUAAUCAGGUUUUGUCCAUGACAUUGAUUUUGUCUGCAUCCAUUUUUCCUAGCACCUCCUAAAGGUCACCUGAUCCUGGUCAGAUUAGCAACCCAAAGAAGCAGAUGUCAGGAAAGUUAAGAAAUUAGUAGUUAGUUAUUUUCAAGAAGCAUCUGACACACUCCUCAGCAGGCAUUAGUAGGUAUUCCUGUAUUUUUCUGUCACUGUCUCUUUUCUCUGCUUGAACUCACCUGAGGGUUCAGUGUUCCCGGGCCAUAAUUUAUUUUAGAUCACUUUAUUGGGACCUUAGAUCACUGUGUUUUAAAAUCACAAGUUUGCUUUUCAUAGGACUGACUUCCAAGUGAUAUGCACUGUUAACUUUAAAAGCAUUUGCUGUAGAUAAUAUAAUUAAACUUAGAAGUGCCUUUGACAUUAAUAUUAAGGUAGGAAUAACACAGUAAAAUUUCAGUUUUUAAAAUUAGGGUGUUAAAAUCCCUCUGCAUAUUGGAAACAGCCUUUUCACACUUAGCUUCAUACCAAUAGGCAGGAAUCCCCAAAGCCACGUUUCUGUCCCUCUGAAAGUCACCGAGGACCAGUGGGCCUGUGGGGUGGUCAGUGUUGGUGCUGUCCAGGAGCAGCGGGGCGAGUGCCAUCUGCACAGAGACCCACCCUCAAAAAUAGAGGGCUUCCUCAGAGGCAUUUGGGCCUUUCUUCCAGUGUGGUGAACUGUUGUUGGCACUUUCCCUUGGAAAUAACUCAUGGGGCCCUGAGUCAGGUCACCUGCAGAUAAGUCCCCUUCCCUCAACAUUCUUAAUACUUAGGAAUAGAGAACAGGAGAAAUAAAGACAUAGUCUCUCAAAAUACUGCCAUUUUAAUAAGUAGCGAGGGAAGCAGACCUGCAUCCUGACCUCUGACAGCAACAUUAAGAGGAGACUGAGCAGCACGCUCAGGUGUGCUCUUGGUCUGAAACGCCCUUGUUUUCACAUUGUGUGACAGGAGCCCAGCCAAAGCCGCAGCAAGGACGUUUAGCACCAUCCCCCAUCCACCCCUCAUCCCCAGUCCCUGUUUAAAAGAUGGAUACUUUACAAUUUGGCUGUUAUUUAAUGAGUUUCUUAAACUGCUGUCUUAAGCUUUUAAAAUAUUUUUUUAAUAAAGUAUCUAGUUAGCUUAUUUCCUUUUCUAAAACAAGUUUUGUCAAAAGAAUGUGUUUUACCUUUAUAUGUAAUGAAUAACUUUCUACUUGAAUUACUUGCCUUUUAAAAAUGUUUGAUAAUGUCUCCAGAUUUAAAGGGACAGAAGUUUCUAUACAGUGUCUUAGGAAAUUCAUCUUGUGGAUAAAACCAGUGUUUUUGCCAACUUGUUGCCUAGAGAAUCAGGGCUUUUUUCCGAUUGUUGCCAUUAAACAUUUGAUAGUCCUUGACUGGAAACCAGUCCCACCCCCUUAAAACACCACAGCGUACCCUGCCACUGAGAGUGUAAUCAUAAUUCUCCCUUUCUCAUUAAGCUGCUUUCUUAUUAUUACAAAUUGUUCUAAAUUUAUUAUUUUCUUGGGUUGAGCGUUUAUUUCUCUGUAAUUUUCUUCCCUCACACAUUUAUUUCAAUUCCCUUAGUAAUUCUUUGUUAAUUUACACGUUUAAAAAAGAUUAGGUACUAUUAAUACUAUUUUAAAAUAGAAAAUGGGGAUAUUUUUGUAUGCUAAUCAAAUGUAGUAAAAUAUAGUUCCUCGUUUUAUUUUUGCUGGACAGUUGUUCUCUCAUGAUUAUUGUGCCUCCGUGUGUCAUGCAUAAUAUGAAAAACAACUACAACAGCCUUACGUCCUGGCCAGUGCAAAGCUGCCUGGCAUCUCUGCUAAUAAAAAGGCCAUUGUGGUGCUGGCAGUGCUCGGUGUGGGUAUGCACGCUGUACCAAAGAGCGCCCCAGACAGCGGCCCCGCCUCACGCGGAGCCUCUGCUCAUGGAAGGCCACGCAGACCGCACACAGCUUUGGCCUUUCUAGGACUGAACUGAAAGACAGACAAUGUCUUACUGUUAUUUUAUGAUGGAAACCAAUUUUAAAACCAAAAAUGUCUAAUUUUAUUUAAGAAAAGUAUAAUUUGUGCUAACAGGGUGAAAAUUCAACACACCCUUCAACAAAAUCUGCUUGCUGUAGCAGUAACCUUGAGUAGUUAAAACUUGAUUUUGAGAGAAAACUAAAACCUUUGUGCCUAAAAUUGAUUAUAACUUGAGUUAAGGUAGGAUGAGCAGGAAGAUAAGAGAGCUUGUUCAACAGUAUGAAUGUAAAGGAAAUUUUGACUGGUAAAUAAAAUUUCCACAGAAAUUG